UCUCCCUCUCUCUCUGUUGGUCUUGCUCUCUGUACGCCAGAACCAGCAGCAGCGGGACAAACAUACCGGAUACACACUGACAGCUAUACCAUGGGGUCGUCCCGAGCUCUAGUCUGCUCCACCGCGUUUGUUUUGGUUAUACUGAGCUCAGCGUCCAAAGAUGAGCACAUGUUUGAGCAGCGUGAGGUCACCUUUGACCUUGACAAAAUCAUGCAAGAGAUGCAACAACCCGAUCAGUUCAUGUUGCAGUCAGAGGUGGACUUGUCAGACCUCCUUGAUCCCAUGGAGUUCCCCAUAGAGCAGGUGAAAGUGUCUGUACCCGAACAGCAUGAUAUCCUGAGAGAGAGAGGGAGUUCCAGACCAGGAAGCUUGACACCAAGAGGACGACGACCGAGUUUUGGACCUCGUUCCUUCGGGGGUCCUCCAAUACUUGACUAUCCCGUUCAGUUCCCUCUAGGCCGUCCGACUUCUGACAAUCUCCAAGCCAUCUGUCACCAUGGAGACCGUCGUCCCCGCUACCCAAACUCUUACUUCCCUGACUCUGGUUUUGGCCAGCAGAAGAGAAGAGCCAGUGCCGUCAACAGGGCAGAGUCUUGGUUCAGCAUGUGCUGCAAAUGGAACCAGACGUGGGAGAGGGAAGUGACACUGUGUUGCGCCACACAGGCAUGGGAGCUGUCAGUUGAAUCUUUCUGUGCAGAAGACUCAUCAGUAAAGGACCAUCUUUAUGACUGCUGCAGACUAAGAGGCAGCGACAGACUGAAGUGCUUCAACAACGACGCUCCAAAUCCUGACUACAAGCCAACGGAGGAGCUGCCCGUGCCAGAACUUCCUUCCACUGACGGCUUCAACUUUGACCCCGACACUUGUCAGAGGUCAGUAAUGACUCCGUAUAGUGCCAGAGGAAACAGAAGACAGAAGAUGAAAAAACCAUCUACGACGUACCGGAAAGUUGACAUCAACUUCCCUCCUGGACGGCCCACAAUUCAUGUCAUUGAAUCACUGUGCCAAAACUACAAGCUACGUCCACUCUAUAAUGUCAAGUGCCUGCCAGGAUCAGGCUAUGAGUUAGUUGCUCGCCAAGCAAAGACCAUUAAUCGUGUAGAAAAGGGAUUCAAACAGUGCUGCAAACAGAAACGGAAUAGUCUCAACUGUUUUGAUCAGAAGUGGCGUGAAGAGCUUGACAAGUUUUGCUUGGGUGAGAACGGUGAACAGGUGGAUUUUCACUGUUGUUCCACAGGGGGCGAGGCAAAUGAUCGAUACAGCUGUUUCCAAAAUGUUUCUCCCGACCCUCAUUUUAAUAUGACUUCAGCCACCGAAGAGGUCACACUGCAAAACAUCUGUGACACCCACAAAAUCAUCAAGAAGAAGUACCCUGUUGGUUUUCCUCUCAAGAACUUUGUGCAAAAAUGCUGCCCCCUGGCUGAAAAAGAGAAGAGCAGCUGUUUUGAUCAAAGGCUUAAGGAACUGUCAGGGAAUUUGUGUUCAUCAAAGAAGCCGUCCCCCCCAGCUGUCCGACGUUGUUGCCGCAAGCCUUCUUCACAAGACGCUCCAGAGUGUGUCUCGAAUAUUCUCAUGGAUGCCAUCACCAAAGCUUCGAGUGCCUUACGUCAAAAGAAGAGGAAGAGAUGCCCUCUCUCUUAAACCUGUGACCUCUCCCUGCUGACCCCUCUGGCACCGAGCCAUUCAGGCAAAAUGGCAAGGUAGCAGCAGACGUGAGCUCCAAUCACUGAAGAGGAACAAUUGUCUUGGCACAAAUCCUAUUUAGAGGUCUGUAAGAAUAUUCAAAAUGUGGACCCAGCUCUAUAUUUACUACUGCCAGUGUUACAUGCAUACUUUCAUCACAUGACAAUCAUUGUUCUCACAAAAAUACAUUUAUAAAGGAACAGGAAUGUUACAAAAUUCUUAGAUUGUAAAAAAGACGGUCUCUGUACCACUGUUUUAACAGACUGCUCUUUAUACUUUUGAUAUCAAAUAAAAAAAAUUGAUUUAUUUGGAGCUGCAAGUUCCAUUUUCUUCCUUUUGUAUGGUUUGUGACUAAGAACAAAUCUACACAGCUCUAAUAAAAAUGUCUUUUAAUUCAA